AUGCAGGCCGCCGUGCGACUCGGCAACGGGCUCAUCAUGCACCAGCGCGACGUCCCGAUCCCGUCGCCGACCGAGCCCGGGCAGGUCCGCGUCAAGGUGCACGCCGCGGGGACGAACCCCGUCGAUUACAAACUCCCGAAACUCGUCGCCGGUCCGAUCGCGGGCAUCGACGUCGCGGGCGUCGUCGACGCCGUCGCACCCGGCGCGCCGCCCGGCGCGGCGUUCGACGUGGGCGACGAGGUCUUCGGGUUCGCCACCGGCGGCAGCGUCGCGGAGUACGCGCUCGCGGACGCGAGCAAGCUCGCGUCCAAGCCGGAGACGAUGACGUUCGUCGACGCCGCGGCGAUGCCGACGGCGUACGUCACGUCCUACCAGGCCUUGUUCGAGCACGGCGAGAUGCGGCCCGGCGCGCGCGUGCUGAUCAUCGGCGCGAGCGGCGGCUGCGGCCUCGCCGCGUGCCAGCUCGCGGCCGCGGGCGGCGCCGCGGAGAUCGUCGCCGUGUGCUCGUCGCGCAACGCACAGCUGUGCGCCGACGCCGGCGCGACGGAGGCGUUCGACUACGCCGACGACGAGCGCAUGCAAGAGCUUCUCACGCGGCGGUUCGACCUCGUGUACGACGCCGCGAGCGGGAGCGGCGCGGGGGAGGACUACCGCGGGUUCGGGAUGGACGUGCUCGCGGAGCCGCGCGGUCGCCGCGUCGCGAUCAACGGCGGGUUCGGCGAGUGGUUCGCGACGCUGACGGGGUGGGGGCGUGGGGAACGCGAUCGGCUGAUGUUGACGCGGCAGGACGGCGAGGAGCUGACGAAGAUCGUGGAGCUCCUGGGGGGGGAACCGUCGCCGGUGAUCGACAGGGUGUUCGAGCUGGACUUGAGCGGCGUGAACCUCGGGUUCGCGCGGCAGAAGAGCCGACGCGCGCGCGGAAAGAUAGUCAUCAAAGUAGUCUAG